UUUAUUUCAUGCCGCAUCUCUUUUUUAUUUUAUGAUUUCCUAAUAUUUCAACCUACGCGUUCACACCACACCUUUGUGUUCACACACAAAUAAAUUUCUACCUUAAAAAACAUCAUCAAACAAAAGAAAAAAAACAAAAACAGAGAAACAAUUUUUUGUGUUCUGUUCUGUUAUUCAACACAACCACCAUAGAUAUAUACUUUUAGCAACAGUUUCUAUUUCAAUAACCAUAGAUAUAUACCUAUAGCAACAGUUUUUUCCAUUACAAAACACUUUUUUUCUUCUUCAAUUUUAAUUUCUAGUAUUUAUGAAACUCCCAACUUUUGCAGACCCAGAAUCACUUUCUUACGUUUAUACCUUACUUCAAAAUUCAUUUGAUCAAAUGAAUAAUCCCAACAACAAUAACAGUGCUACUUCAACAAAUACCAGAAAAAGACGCAGAAAAAAUGAAGAUGGUGGUGAUGAUGAUGAUGAUAAUAAUCACCAUGGUUCAAUCAACAACAACAAUGAAGCUGGUGGCAAAAACAAGAAGAACAAGAAAGAAGAAAUAAAAGGUAUUCUCACAUCAAUUCUCUUGUUUGAUGAACAAGAGAAACUUGAAAAUCAACAGAGUAAAAAAGUCUCAGAGGAUGAGAAAUUCUCUCUAGAGACAAAUCAUAAGAAGAAAACAAAAGCCAUGGUUGAUUAUUACUCCAAUCUUGAUGAUAGUUUUAGCCAAGUUGAAGAAUCAGAGAGAGUUAGAAGAAAAAAAACAAGAAACAUGUCAAAUUCUGUUGCUAUUGCUGCUACUUUUAGCGACGGUUUAGAAGAAGCAACAAGUGAAGGUAUAGCUAAUGAUGUUAAUGGUGGUAAAUCUGGUGGUUCACAGAGAAGACUUUGGGUGAAGGAUCGUUCAGGAUCAUGGUGGGAUGAAUGUAACAAUGAAGAUUUUCCUGAACAUGAAUUUAAGAAAGCUUUUAGAAUGGGAAAAUCAACUUUUGAUUUAAUCUGUGAAGAAUUGAAUUCAGCAAUUGUGAAAGAAGAUACAACUUUGAGAAAUGCAAUUCCAGUUAGACAAAGAGUAGCUGUUUGUCUAUGGAGAUUAGCAACAGGUGAUCCUCUUAGAAUUGUUUCGAAAAAAUUCGGUUUAGGUAUAUCGACUUGUCAUAAACUUGUUCUUGAAGUUUGCACUGCUAUUAAAACUGUUCUUAUGCCUAAGUAUCUUCAAUGGCCUAAUGAAGAUAGUUUAAGAAAAAUUAAAACUGAAUUUGAGGGUAUUUCUGGUAUUCCAAAUGUUGUAGGAUCUAUGUAUACUUCACAUGUUCCAAUUAUAGCUCCUAAGAUUAGUGUAGCUGCUUAUUUCAAUAAGAGACAUACUGAGAGGAAUCAGAAAACUUCUUAUUCAAUUACAGUUCAAGGAGUUGUUGAUACUAAUGGUGUUUUCACCGAUGUUUGUAUCGGUUGGCCUGGUUCGAUGCCGGAUGAUCAAGUGUUAGAAAAAUCAGCACUUUUUCAAAGGGCUAAUAAUGGAGGACUUCUUAAUGGUGUUUGGAUUGUUGGAAGUUCAGGGUAUCCUUUAAUGGAUUGGGUUUUAGUACCUUAUAGUCAACAAAAUCUUACUUGGACACAACAUGGUUUUAAUGAGAAAAUUGGUGAGAUACAAAAAGUUGCUAAAGAUGCAUUUGCUAGAUUGAAAGGUAGGUGGAGUUGUUUGCAGAAAAGAACUGAAGUUAAGCUUCAAGAUUUACCUGUUGUUCUUGGUGCUUGUUGUGUUUUGCAUAAUAUUUGUGAGAUGAAAGGUGAAAAAUUGGAUCCUGAACUUAAGGUUGAUAUUAUUGAUGAUGAAAUGGUUCCUGAAGUUGGUUUGAGAUCAGUGAAUUCUUUGAAGGCUAGAGAUGCUAUUGCUCAUAAUCUUUUGCAUCAUGGUUUAGCAGGCACUUCUUUUCUCUAAACUGAUGAAAGUUUGUGUAAUUUGUUGCAUUUUGAUCAUUGUUUUAUGCUUCUUUGAAAACAUGAUUUUGUUUUUUGCUUGUUUAUUUAUUUACAUAAUGUUGAAGUUUUAUUCAUCAUUAUUUGUUGAGGUGGCUUUGUAACAGAUAAGAUGUAUUAGCCUCUUUAACAAGUAUGUAUGAUAAAGUUUAGAUAUGGUUAGAUCCAAAGUUGUAAUUCAUCAGUAUACAUUUUCAUACCCAAAUAAGAGAUUAGUUAAUAAAAUGACAAUAUUCUUUUGUGUCA